AUGCAGAUUCACUCCAUCAAAAAUCAUAGGGGUACAUGGUUACAAGGGGAGGAAGAAAUAGCAAAUGUUGCUAUCAGAAAUUACAACAGUUUCUUCAAUCUGAAUCAGCCAACUAGGGGAAAUAAUGUGCUUAACUGCAUUCCCUCUAUUAUUAGCCCUAAGGAAAAUCAAAAUCUUACCAAAAUGCCCGAUGAAGAGGAGAUCAAGGGAGCAGUAUUCAGUAUUAGCACUGAAAUCUGUGCAGGUCCAGAUGGUUUCAAUGGGAUGUUCUAUCAACAGUGUUGGAAUAUCAUUAAGAAGGAAGUUAUUGACUUUGUAUUGGAAUUUUUCAAGGGAAAAGGGCUUACUAAGUUCUAUACUCAUACUUGUCUGGCCCUAAUACCUAAAGUAGAUUCCCCUAGUGGUUUUGGUGUUGGUAGAUUGAUCGCAGAAAAUGUCAUGCUAGCCCAAGAGAUUAUCUAUGAUAUCUCAAAGCCUAAUCAAGGAGAUUUGGCUUCAGUGCAGAAUGGAUUGACAUUGUCAGGAGAACAAUUUCUAAUCUCUGUACUGGUCAAUGGUGCAAGACAUGGUUUUUUCCAGUCAUCACAAGGCUUAAAACAGGGAGACCCUAUAUCUCCAGCUCUUUUUAUCAUAGCAGCAGAAGUUCUCUCAAGAUCUUUAAACAGUUUGCAUAAUGACAACAGGUUCAUACCUUUUGCUAUGCAUAUGAAAGGGCCAAAGAUCAAUCAUUUGGCAUAUGCGUAUGACAUUGUAAUUUUCUCUAGUGGUAAUUCUAGAUCUGAUAAACUUAUUAAGAGGCAAAUCUGCAAAUAUGAGAAGGCUUCAAGUCAAAAAGUCAAUGAUGAAAAGAGUUUCCUUUUUGUGGGAGCAAAAACCAGUCCAUAUAGGAUCAACAGGUUGAGACAAUGCUUAGGUUAUAUGAAUAAAUCAUUCCCUUUCACAUAUCUUGGAUGCCCCUUAAUCUCUGGAAGGAAGAAGGUGGAAUACUUUGAUGGCAUGGUGACUAAAGUAGUGAAGAGAUUAAAUGGUUGGCAAGCUAUGAACCCUCCUAAAGGGACUCUGAAAACCAUUGAGAAACAUAUGGCAAGAUUCUUUUGGGGAUCUACUUUUGAUAGAAGGAAAUAUCAUUGGAGCUCUUGGUCUAAUUUGUGUUGCACAAAGGAUGAAGGUGGCAUUAGUAUAAGGAGCUUAAUGGAAAUCUCUGAUAAUCUUGCUAUUAAAAGGAAAUGGGAUGCAAGAAUUCUUUCAUGUAUCCUACCAAUUCACAUUGCUCAAAGUAUUAUGCACAUUCAUAUUGGCACAUCAGAUCAAGAGGAUGAAGCUACAUGGAACAUCUCUGAAGAUGGUCACUGCUCCAACAAAACUGCUUGGAACCUGAUUAGAAGUGUCAACCACAAAGAUGAUUUCUUGAACAAAGAAUCCAGUGCCAGAUUCAUUACAAAAGACACUUUUACUCAGGGAGAGGCAGCUAUGCCUAUAUGGAAGUUUUUUGGGGCUGCUAUGGGAAUCAUACACCAACCAGGAUAG